CCCUGCUGUUCCCCCGAUGGAGCCUCGGACAGCCGCAGCGCCCACCGAGUCGGAUGCGCCGGUCGACGCCCUGAAGUACUUCCCCCGGCGCCAGGGCACCGCGGGCCUCAGCACCUCUGCCACGUCCGCCGCCCCGCCGAUCGACUCCUCGAUCCACUAUGGGCCCUUUCCUUUGAACAUGCCGCUCCCCGGCGGGGUGGAGCUUUUCGCCCCGGAGGCCCGGCUCUUUGAGACCCUGGUCCAGGUCGAGCGCCAGGCGGCCAGUCUGCGCCUGCGCCACUCGAUCGAGGCGCACGAGACCAUUCGCGCGCUGCCAACCGUCUCGCGGACCAUCCGCCUGAGUGCCGCGUCGUCGACCAUGCGCACCGCCCGCGGUCAGGCAGCCUGGCAGUUCCGCCUGGAUGGGCGCGUGCUGAACUCGACCACCGGCCGGCCGGAUGGCGCCUUCCCUCGCUUCACCUCGCUCGUGGACAAGGUCCUCUUGCGGGUGGAGCACAGCCAUGGGGCGCCGGUGGUGGCUCUGACCUCGGCCGACAUCGAGUGGUCGCCCCCGGCCGGCGCCGCCCCCACACCCGCCACGGACGGCGUGGUGCUAACACGCGUCGGGCCAGCCCCGACCGCCAUCCAUGUGGCGGUCCACCUUCGGCCGGCCCUGGCACCGGAGUGCUUCCGCCUGCCGGCCGGCCUGCGCCAGCUCCUGGCCCUGGUAGAUGGACAUCUUGGGCCACUGCUGACGCCCGACGAGGUUGGCGCCCUGGGCGAGGCCGCUCCCCUGCGUGCGGUCGACGCGUGCACCAGCAGCCGCGCUGCCCAUCAGACAAUCCGUGCAUCGGCAACUCGGGCGGACAUUUUCUCGGCCGUCUGGCGGUACAUUAGCCUGGCCGAGCUCCAGUGCUCGGACGACCGCUCGGCCAUCCGCCUCGAUGGGGCUCUGGCUGCGGCCCUGGCCCCCCCGGCCAGUCAGACGGACGUGGCCCCGGCGCUGGCCCGGCUCGCUGGGGGGGAUGUUGCCGGCGCUGCCGGCCUGGCUGUCGGCACCCGCCUGCCGCUGGUGGAUUUGCCCGUGCGCAUUGAGUCGCUGGUGUCGCGCCUGUCCCGCGGCACGAGCCUCCCGCCGGAGCCCCUGGCCUUUACCUUCCGAUUUGCCGAUGCCCCGGACCCCGGGGCCGUGGGCUCUGGCGGCUUCAGCCAGCCGACCAUCAUGGACUUCGAUGCCGACCUGUAUUGGAGUGCCGAUGACUGCCGGCAGCUGCUUGAUGCCACCCGCGCGGCGGCCGGCGCUGGCGAGGCCGAGGUCCAGCUGGCCAGCGCGCUGGCCGCACACAACCGCACCAUCCACCAGCAAAUGGCCGACCGGGCCUUCUUCACCCAGGUGGCCAAAGCCCCGGCUGCUGGCCUGAUGACCGGCCUGACUCGGGCACACGACCACCUGCGAAUGUAUUGCGAAAGUCGGGCCGACGGGUCGCUGGCUCUGGCUGCCGGGCUGGAGCGCCGGCGCAUGGCCGGCCUGCGCCCCAUCCUCGCCCGGGCGCCUGCCGGGCUCGCGUGCGCCAAAACCCGCCUGGCGCUGGAGCGCACCCGGCGCGACACCUCGACCGCCGCGCGGCACUAUCUCUCGAUGCUGGCCACCGAGCGUGUGGAGGAGCUCGCUCGGCUUGGGGCCACGACAACACCGGCGGAUGGCCUGGCGCCCGGGAGCCGCCCCGGGGGCCGCCCCACCUCCGGCACUGCCACUCCGAUCUCUCGGUAGGUGUGCCAGGGCCAGGAAUACAGACACUCCCCCCCCCCCUGCGCGUCAACCAAAGAACAUAUGCCGAGGUGUCUUGCCUCACGGG